AUGGAGCCGGAAAUCCCCCCAAGAGUCUCCUCCAAGCUUCCCCUUCUUCGACAUAAAUAUUCAACAAUUCUACCUCAAAACCAGCAGGAAAGGUUGGAGAAAAAAUACUCUAGAGUCGUUGGCACAGCUUCAAAUGCGUCACGUUCAUCUAUUGAAACUUCGGUCUCUGAAUUUCUCGAACGGAAGAUUGAUGCUCUUACGGCGGGACUUGACUACUACGAAGAGUACCAGAAUGGCCUUCGUUCUGCCCUUAACCGAAAAGAUCUAACGGAGGAAGACUACCGAAAUGAGCUUAUAACCCUCGAUAAGCAAUACACUCCAGCUAUCCGGGAACUAAAGAUUAUAAAGCGACAGUUCCGGACUAUCGAAGCCGAUGUUGAGGAGGAGCGCGAGGUUGAUUUAAAACGCCAGAAAUGUGCCAAAGAUGCGAAUCUCGACUUCCUUGAAAGAGCAUAUACGGCGACUAUGGUUACGCGGGUCAUGGGUGCCUCCUCACUCAAAUCCAGCAGCAGCUUUAGCCAGAAGGAGUUCAGGAAGGGUGUCAUUAAAUACUUAGGAGCCAAAAACGACUCUGAGGGGACAGAGAGGGCAUGGUGUCACAUUACUGGGAUGUGGCAUGAUUCCGACAAUAUCAAAGCUGCACAUAUAGUGCCGAAAGCCUUAAGGGGAGAUGAGCUAAAGCACUUGUUUGGUGUAGGGGAAGUCGUUUUAGAAGACCCGAGAAAUGGCAUCACCCUAUGGAAGACACUCGAGAAAGGGCUGGAUAAUGGCACUAUUGCCAUAAUCCCAGUCCCUUCUACGAACGAAUGCGAGCCAACCAAAUGGAAAUGCGUUCUCGUCGACCAAUCCUUACGAAACCAGACUUGGGCCUACUCAUUUGGCGUAGUUCACAAAUGGGAGGAGUUGGACGGCAAGGAGCUCACGUUUCUCACUGAUAAUCGCCCGGCCAGAAGAUAUUUAUACUUCCGUUUCGUUGUCACUUACCUCUACGCGAAGAAAAGGGGCAAUAUUCAGUGGGCAGAAAACAUUGAAAGCCGCAAGGUCCUAUGGGCAUCAAUGGGGCCGUAUCUUGCAAAGUCCACCUUAAUUUCCCUGGGUAGGAGUAUUUCUGGGUUUGAUCUCCCUGCUGCUCUAGUAGAAGGGAAAACCUUUGACUGCCCGUCACCAACACCUGCCCCUGAGGAAGAACUUGCGCUGUCUGCCAGCCUACGAACUGCGAUGAUAGAGUCGGUACGGGCCACGGAAGAUGAGGACGAGGACGAAGAUGAGGGCGAAGAUAGUAACAUCGAAGAUGAGGAGUAG